AUGGAAGCUCCUCUAUUCUAUUCGUCCAAAGGGCCAGAAAAUGCUACCGCCUUCGUCAACGGACGAGUAUACACCGUGGACGAUGCGCAACCAUGGGUUGAAGCCUUCAUCGUCAAUCCCGACGGCAAGUUUGAAGCUGUCGGCUCGAACGAGGAGAUCAGAACCAUUGCUAAAAGAAGAGGACUCGUUCAGUACCAACUACAAGAGAAAUUUGUCAUGCCCGGUAUCCACGACGCUCAUACUCACCUCUUAGCGGCUGGAUGCCAGCGCACUGGGGAAGCACACGUCGGCUGGGAUAGCACCGACAAGACCCUCGCCAGCAACAUCAAGUCAGCUUCCUGUGCCUGCGCUUUUUCAAAUGUCAUGGGCAACUGGAUUAUAGGCAACUUUUACCAGGCAAGCAACUUUGCCGAUGGCAUUCCCGACAGAAAAUACCUCGAUGAGCUGUACCCCGACGACCCCGUAAUCGUGCGCGAAAUAUCCUGCCAUCGAAUUCUCGUGAAUUCUGCUGGGUUGCGUGAGAUGGGUAUCGACGACGACGUCAAGGACCCGCCUGGGGGUUUCUUCUUUCGUCGAACUGAUGGCACACUCACCGGAGAGAUUGUCGAGGCUGCAACAACUCCAAUCUGGCGCGGUCUACGGCGCACACCACUCAGCUAUGCCAAGACUGUCAUCGAGUUUGCCAUGUCUGAAUGUCAUAGGUAUGGCAUUACAUCCGUGCAAGAGGCAUCGGCCAACACCGUCUAUCUACACGCCGUGCGUGAGCUGGAAGCGGAGAAUCGCCUGCCUCUAAACAUACACACACACAUUGUUGCCGCACCGGAGAAAGCUCACGAGCGCGAGGAAUCACUAGCAGCUCUGCUCAAUGUUGCAGAAGCUUUUGAGAGCAAACAUGUUCACACGAGCUUUGUCAAGUUCUUCCUCGACGGCGCUCCGCUUCCUCCACAGUCCACCCAAUGCGAUUUGAACGACCAUGGAGCGCCCGAUGCUAAGCAUUUGCUGUUGAGCUACGACAAGCUACUCGAACAAGUUCUCAAAUACGAUGCUCGGAACAUGACAUGCAAGAUCCACGCCGCAGGCGAGGGAAGCUUGCGGCUUGCGCUGGACGCCUACGAGGCUGUGCGAAAGAACAACCCCAACGGUCCCAAGCACGAGGUUGCGCAUUGUAAUGCAGUCCAUCCAGAUGACAUCCCACGGAUCGCACGCCUGGGCCUUACCGCCGAAAUGUCCCCGGCAAUUUGGCACCAUCCCAUUGUGCAAGCAGCGCCCCAUCUGCUCAAGUGGCCCUUCAACGAUAUUCUGGCUACAGGCGCUCGUAUGACGAUUGGCUCGGAUUGGAUCUUGACUCCCAACCCGAGUUUGUUCGAUCCACUUGCACACCUGGUGGAGAGACUUGAAGUGCCUGAAACACCAGCCCAUAAGGGAUUGAACAAAAGGCUGGUAGCCGCUGCAACGCUCUGCCGUAUGAUCACGUUGGGAGGUGCAGAAGCGGUGGGAAGAAGUCGCACGCAGGGCAGCAUUGAAGUUGGGAAGAUGGCAAACUUCAUUGCUGUUGACCAGGACUUGAGUCAGGGAGAGUUUGCUGGAGCUACAGUCUUGAAGACUUGGUUUGAGGGACGACAGGUGUAUAGUUCUGUGCCGGGCCAGUUGGGGUUGAAAUGUUGA